AUGUCGUUCAGGUCCACACAACAGAAACGUAGGGUCAUAAUGCUGGAUUUUGCCUCUAGUGUCUCCGGAGUCCCAAGCGCAUUUACAUCCAAGGUCGAUCCAGGCACGUACCGGUCGCGGGGUCACAUGAUCUUUGUCUCACCGAGAGCCACCGACACCCACCUUGGUCACCUCUGGGGUUUCCAUCUGCUCCGCCUGCCAUACUGGCAAAUGCAGGAGCUGCAGCAGCGUCGGCGCACCGAUGUUUCCCCAGCUCGAAUCCCGUCAUUCCUCAAAUCCCAGGAAGAAUGCAUGUGCACGUCAGAGUCCCCUUGGAACCUUCUUGUACCGACAUCAGGCCUAAACACCGGAUCAGACACACCUGGACACACCCUCUUUGCUCUUCACCCUCCCCCAAAACAAGCGACAUGUUUCCUUCGCCCACGAGGUUACCCACGAGCCCACGGAGCUGAAAUCGGGACGAGGCCCAAUCACUCCUCGGCGCCUCUGUCUGACGGCUUUCGGAACGCUCAGUCAGGGGACCAUAUUGGAGUCUGGGCUCGGCAGAUGCGAGUGCGAAAAUCAGUUUUGGACCUUUUUGUCCUUGCGUACAACUACGAAUAUGAUGUCGCCGUUAUCUACUCGUCGACGAAGUCUCUGACUCGGAUGCCGCUCACUUCACACCCCCUUCAAUAUCCGACGUAUUGGGUACAUACGCCCAAAGAAGACGACAUCAGACUUCGACCCUUUGGAUCGCCAAACCAUAUCACCGGGGGCCCUUGUGGCAUCGCAUUCCCCCACAGACGCCAGUCAUGCACAUCACGCCCAGUCAUCGGUCGAAGGUUGCACCUUAAAAGGGAGAGAAAGCUUGCACAGCCGAUGUUGGCUGCUUCAUAUUCGCGCCGUAGCUCCCCCCAUACUCCCACAUCCGGCGGAGGAGCCAGAGAGGUGACAAGAAACGAGAAGGCGAGAGAGGAAAGCUUGUUAUCCAAGCUCCCUCGAAGAAAGGUGCACCUAGCUUCGGGUCUCGAAUUGACUUGCAUCGCCAAACCUGCCGCGCGGCGGGAGGCGGGAAACACCAAACGAAAGGGCCGUCUCAUGCGCCCCGGACCUGGCAUGGCACACUCUCCAGCUUCGGGGACUCCCAUGUCUGCCAUAUAUGGCUCUCCCAUGAGGCCACUGCACGCACAUGCGCCUGCAUUUGCCAAUCGACACCAAGAGAAUGCAGCUUCCAGGCCCGCUAACCUUCUCUCUCCUCGCCCUCUCCCGAUGUUGUCCAGGUCAACCCUUGGAAAGGCGAAGAAAAGAGAAGCCAGGCGCACUGCGGAUACCGCUACCUUACCUCACAACCUACUUUCCGAGCCUCCUCUCUUCCCGCCGCCGUGUUUCGCGGCUAGCCUUGGGCGGGCGGGGCAGGGCUGGAGCGAGGUGAGGGAGCAUCGAUGCGAUGCGCCGGGCCCUGCCAUGGCGGCCUGGCCUGGCCUGCCGUCUCUCCUGCAUCAAACCACCAACAUGCCAUUUAGCAAGACAAGACAAGUCACGACACAACGAGACGAGACAGCCUGGUCAUACCAACCAUUGCAGGGAGGCCACUGGUGCCGGGGUACCCACGAGGAAGCAAGACAGGACGUCAGGGACGAGCACAGGGGUCGUGAAGGAGGGGGCGAACCGUUUCAAGCGUCCAAGUUCUAUCCCGACUUGACGAUUCAUCCGGUGUCCAAGGUCCAACAUGACAGCGCCACUCACAAGUGGACGGCAAGGAGACACGAAGUCUGGCGAGAGAGAGAGGCACAGAGGACAUCAGCUCGAGCGCGCAAAAGGUCAAAGUUACAUGAUCUGCCCAGCAUGCGCCUGCUUGCUGCGGCCCAGGUGCGCAAGAGCCAUUUCACGACACCUGCUCUGUUUCCUGAGGGGGCAUCCUCCUGCACUUCUAGGCCGCUUGGAAGAGCGAGCGAGAGUUUCCAGGGCUCCUCUGUGAUCCGUGAUCUCGCCGCCGCCACCCCAUGUCUGAGCAGCAUGCAUACCCACCUUCGGAAGACCUACCUACCUUCCUGGCCUGGCCAAGUCGAGACUGGUCUGUUUACAUCUACCUGGCAAAUCCUAUCCGCCUUCGCUUCGCCUCGCGCGGCCGACCCGGGUCGUGACAAGCGGACGCGACGAGCGAGCGGGGGAAGGAUUGUCUCCUCUCUCCUCUUCCCGAAUCUCGACGAGAAAUUGGAUUUGGUGCUGUCAUUGUUAUUGUAUGAUUCUGUCACCUUCCUGGCUCACACCGGUCGUGUCCCAGACAGAAAGGUUGUGUGUCUCGUCUCGGGAGCUAAAUCAAGAUAG